AUGUCCCAAGCCCACCGACCCACCUGGAACCCUACCCAAGGGCGCGAAACCAAAGCCGGCUCCCAGCAGAUAUCCAAGCACUCGGCCGCAUCGCACACCAAGCUCAAGUUCCGUCAACCGGGGCAGACGUCCGCUUCGGACGUGGCCAGGCGGGAUCUCCGCGCGGAGCUCGCAGAGGCAGAACGGAUCGCAGCCGAGAAGAAGCGGAAAGCGGCGGGUCUGCCCGCUUUGCAGGCGCCGGCAGGGGCGUUGAGGAUCGAUGAGGGGGAAGAAGAGGAGAGGGUGAAGAGGCGGAAGGUGCUUGAGGAGGCGCUGCAGGCUGAUCGGGAUGAUGAUGAUGACGAUGAAGACGAGGUGGAGGUGCUCGGAGAGGGAGAUAAGGGGAAGGGAAAGGCCACGGUGCAGGAUGCGGAUGAUAGUGAUGAGGAAGAGGAGGAUGACGACGACGAUGACUCGGACGACGAAGACGACACGGCUGCUCUGAUGGCUGAGCUGGCCAAGAUCAAGCAGGAGCGAGCAGAGGAGAAGGCCCGAAUAGACGCCGAAACCUCCGCCGCCUCCGCCGCCUCCCGCGAAGCCGAAAUAGCCACCGGCAACCCCCUCCUCAACCUCCAAGCCGCCCUCGGCCAGACCCCCGCCCCUUCGACACCCGGCACCCCCGCGUCCUCGUUUGGCGGAUCGACCUCUGGCGGCUUCGCCGUCAAGAGGAGAUGGGAUGACGAUCUGAUCUUCAAGAAUCAGGCCGCGGGGAUGGACGAUAAGCCCAAGAAGGGGGAGUUUGUGAAUGAUUUGUUGAGGAGCGAGUUCCACAAGAAGUUUAUGCUCAAGUGA